AUGGCCCCUCCCAGAAAAUUACCAUGUGAUUGUACCUCAUCAAAAGAGAUUUAUUUUCCGAGAGUCAGCAUCCUUCAGACUUGCAAACUCAUCAAUGCCGAAGCUACCCCUAUAUUCUACUCCAUCAACAGAUUCGUUGUUUCUCUUCGUAACUGCUCCCCCGCCGCUCCAGCCUAUUUUCCUGAUCUAACGGGAACAGCUCUUGAACGACCAUUUCUGCAUAAAAGUCUCACUUCAAUGCCCAGGAAACCAAAUUUUCAGCUUAGCUACUUCAGAUGGAGUACUCUAGCGCAGAUCAAGUCUUUGUCUUUUAUCAGUGGUAAUAAUUCUGGCUUCGCGGAAGACGUGGGUGAGAGAUCUUAUAUGGGUGGUACUGGACUCCCUCCUAUAAACGCUCCACCUCCUACACAUGACGCGGGAGGGGGAGUUAAUAUGGACACAACUGGAGUCGCUCCCAUGAAUGCUUCCCCUUCUACAAAUGACACAGCAGCGAAUACCAAUCCUGAUACCUCCACCAACGAGCCAGCCACAAGACCCGAUGGAUCAUACCUCCGUCCCCAUCCAUCCUUUGAAUGCACCGGUCUCGACAUCCUCGCCCGCUUCUCCGUCUCGGAUCGCCAAUACAGUCCCGGUGGACCAGACGAUUACAUGGCACUCUCCCUCUCCAACUGGGUCAGUAUGAAGGUGAUGCGCGCAGAACUCAAUGCUUUCCAAAAAGAGCUCGAGGUGAUGAUGAGAACUGUGCCGCUGCCGGCUCAUGCAGUGCCGCCUAUGCUACCUUUGCCAACCUCGAUACAACCUAUACAUACCAGCCUCAUGAUGGAAAUGGAUUUCCUGGCGGGUGUAAAUCCAGACGUUCGUGAAUUAGGGCAUCCGACGGCGGCGGGCCCUAAUCAUCCGCCUCAUGGGAAUACUUGGGAUGCUGGAGAGCAAGAGGCUACGCGGGAUGAUGAUGUAGAUUAG